AAUCAUUUCUGCUUGGCUGCUGCACACCGUGCUGUUUAUCUUUGGAGCUGCUGCUGAGAUACAAGCCUUUUAACAGGGAUGGCUCUUUCUGUGAUUGCACUGAUUUUGAGUGCUGGAGCUGCUUGUGGAUAUAUACAAACACAGUCCCACAACUUCCAUUACAUCUAUGGAUGCUAUGAAUCUGAUGAUGUGCGGGUGGACGUUGUUGUUGACGACGACGUGGUUGCAUAUGCCGAUUUCAACAAGAAAGAGAUAGUGUGGGUGUUACCUCACUUGCCACAACCUGCAAAAGACAUCCAGAAAAUGGCUUAUGAACUCGCCAAAGCCAGCACUGCACACUGUCACAGCGUUUUGGGUAAAGCAAAAAAUGCUGAUCCCGGCGCUCCCCUACGGCAAGAUCCUCCUGACAUCUACAUCUAUACCCGGUAUGAGGGGGAGGCCAGUGUGAUGAACACUCUCUUUUGUGUGGCCAACCAUUUCUACCCACCCACCAUCAACUUCACAUGGACCAAGAAUGGAGUGGAGCUCACAGAGGGCGUGGCAAACUUACGUUAUCGUCACAAUCGUGAUGGGACAUUCCACAUGAUUUCUACGCUUCUGUUCACUCCAAAACCUGGAGACUAUUAUAUCUGCACGGUGGAGCAUCAAGCUGCACAAGUGCCUAUCAGCAAGAGCUGGGAGUUGAAGGAAAAUAAGAGGAGCAGAGUGAGCCCUGCAGCCGUGUUUUUCGGUGUGAGUGUCGUUUUGUGCCUGAUGGGAUUCGGGACCGGAGUCUUCUUUUUCAUCAAGCAGCCAAAUUAAUGUCUUCCAAUUUGAGAUUGAAUUAAAUAAAUUAACUUUAAUCAUUCAAUCUUUAAUCCUCUGAUUAACUGGUUUUAUAUGUACAAGCAAAACACAUCAAAAAACAUAAAAAUCCAGUAUCUUGUGCUUACAGAUAACCUCUCUAUACCACUGCAUUAAUAGUAAAUGACAGUUUGUUUACUUAAUGUGUUUAAUGUGUACUUACAAUUUGUAUUGUUUUUCACUUGAUGAUGUGGUGUUAAUAUACUUUGAUUUUUAAUAAAUAGAUAAUUACUCGGGUUGUUA